GGGUGUGACUGAAACUCCUGCCUGGUCACAUGGGGAAGCCACGGCAGGAACCGGGGCGGCUGAGCCCGGGUGCCGAGGAGGCAGCAAGCGGCCGAGAUGGAGGUAGAGAAACCCCCAGUGGCAGCCGAGACGCCGACGCUGCUGAAGACCUACAAAUGGCGAACGGCAGCACCCAUGGGUGACCGGGAACCUGAGCGGGGCACGGGGUCCCCAGGCAGCCGGCGCUGGACCCGGCUGCAGGGCUGGAAGCGUUCCUACAGCCAACCCGAAUCUGACGGCCCCGAUGAUGGAGCUGGAAAGGGAGCACCCAAAGCCAGCACCCGCCGGUCCCUCUUCCAGCGGGCUUUCUCAGCCCCCUCCAAGGUGGCCAAGGAGCCACGGAGCCCCGAAGGUGGCAAGGCCACCCUGCAGAAGUAUUUGCGCUCCAUGUCCAAGAGAAAGGGCCAUGGGGAGAGCGGUGCCAGGGCUGAGCGGCCGCACCGUGUUGUGCUGCCAACCCCAGAGAGCACCCACGGCACACCAACAAUCCCGCUGGCUCCGGCACUCGAUGCGCCAGUGUGGGACGUCUCCAACUUCUCACUGGUGGAUGGACAGCUGAUCCACGUGGGCAGGGAUGAGGAGGCUUCGUGGAGGAGCAGGAACCGGACCGGGAGCUCCAUCUCCGAGAGCACCAGCCUGCACCCAGGGGGUGGCAGGAGGGACACCGCAGACCCGGCCGCGGAGGAGAGAAACACACGGGCAGCAGGGAAAGGCACUGACAGCGAUGCUUCGGCCACCUCCCAGUUCAGCAAUGUCAAGGGCCUGCUGUGGAAGCGGCUCCGGGAUCGGAAAGGGCGCGCAGUGCCCAAAACCGAGAUGAUGGCAGUGGCUGAUGGCGAGAGGUACGGCCCCAUGGAGGGUGGCAGGGACAAUGGUGGGGACACCAGGGAGGGCCCCUGGUGGCAGCCAUGUCCCCUCAGAACCCCGAGCCAGAGCGGUUCGCACGAGUCCCUGCUGCCACCACCGAGUGCUGCCGAGCUGGACCUCACCGGGGACAAUGUCAUCAUCCGGCCUGUGCAUGGCAGCAUCGUGGGCGAGAAGUUCUGCUUCCAGAUCAUCACUGGUGAGGGCAGCCGGUCCUUUGGCUGCACUUCCUUGGCUGAGCGUGACCGCUGGAUCGAGAACCUGCGCCGGACCGUGCAGCCCAACAAGGACAACUGCGAGCGGCUGGAGCUGGCGCUGAGCCUGUGGGUGUACGAGGCGCGGGACCUGCCACCCCGGCGUCGCCUCCGCUGCCACCUCCACCUGGAUGGUGCGCUCUUCGCCCGCACCACCGCUAAGGUGGCCGGUCCCGAUGGCGAGCUCUUCUGGGGCGAGCUCUUCCAGCUGGCCGCCCUGCCGCCCGCCCGCGCCCUCACCCUCGCCCUCUGCCGCGAUGACCAGGGCCACCCCUGCCAGACGGUGGCAUCUGUCACCGUCCCCUUGGCAGAGCUGGCAGCUGCCCGGCAGCCCCUGGAGCGCUGGUACCCACUGAGCGGCCACGGCAGCGGUGAACGGGCGCCAUCGGUGCGGGUACGCGGGCGGUACCGGGAGGUGCGGGUGCUGCCCAUCGUACGCUACAAGGAGUUGGCCGAAUUCAUCACCUUCCACUACCGGGAGCUGUGUGCCCACCUGGAGCCCACCAUUGCAGUGAGGCACAAGGAAGAGCUGGCCGGCGCCUUGGUCCAUGUCUUGCAGAGCACCGGGAAAGCCAAGGCAUUCCUCAUUGACCUUGGCGUGGCUGAGCUGGACCGCUUUGAUGACCGGGAGGCGCUGAUCUUCCGUGAGAACACGCUGGCCACCAAGGCCAUUGAUGAAUACAUGAAACUCGUGGGGGGCAAGUACCUCCAGGACACGCUGGGUGAGGCCUUGGCCCAACUCUGCACCUCGGACGAUAGCUGUGAGGUCGAUCCCAGCAAAUGCGCUGGCCCCGACCUCUCCGACAACCAGAACAACCUGCGGCAGGUCUGUGAGGAGACCUUCCAGCGCAUCGCCACGUCCUGCGAAGCCUUCCCAGCAGAGCUGGGCGAGAUCUUCGCAGCGUGGCAGGAGGAGUGUGCAGCGCGGGGCAAGGUGGCCAUCGGGCAGCGCCUGGUCUCGGCCUCCCUCUUCCUACGGUUCCUCUGCCCCGCCAUCAUGUCCCCCAGUCUCUUUGGCCUCGUCCAGGAGUACCCGAGUGAGGCCACCGCCCGCACCCUCACCCUUGUGGCCAAGGUCAUCCAGAACCUGGCCAACUUCACCACGUUUGGCGAGAAGGAGGCCUACAUGGGCUUCAUGAACGAGUUCCUGGAGCACAACUGGAGCACCAUGACGGCCUUCCUGCAGAGCGUGGCCAACCCUGAGAGCAGCGUCCACAUGGCCACCUAUGAUGGCUAUGUGGACCUGGCCCUGGAGCUUGCCACCCUCCACCUCCUGCUCUGUGACAUCUUCUCCAGCCUGGACCAGGCCACACAGGAGGAGCUGGAGCCCCUUCCCACCAUCCUCAAUGCCAUCAGGGAGGGCACCCCUGUCCCCGUCUCCGUCCGGCUCAGCUCCACCACGGAGCGAAGCCUGGCGGAGAGCCACAAGCCGGGCUUCGUGCCGCCACGGGACCUGAGCAAGCACAGCCCCCUCAUCAAGAGCCAGUCGCUCAUCAGCAUCCGCCGCGUCCGCAGCCGUGAGGACGGGACUGAAGUGGAGCCAGCACGGGCGCCGUCCCCGCGUCCCAGCCGGGAGCGGAGGAACGUGCAGCGCACCCAGAGCGUGCCGGCACAGAACAAAGCUGGCCGCCGCGUGCGCAAGCAGAGCAGUGCCGAGCACGUGGCAGAGCCGCAAGGCGAGGACACCCUGGGGUCCUCUGGCCCUCGCGAUGCCACGGGACGCUCAAAGCUGCGCUCGUCAGUGUCACUGCCACGUAAAUCCACGGUGCCGUGGCAGCGCUAUGCCGAGGAGGCGGCGGCGGCCCAGGGCGAGCUCUACGCCAUCCGUCCCCUGGAAAAGCACGGGCGGCUGAUCGAGGCACUGGGGAAGGAGGUGGCGGAGAGCCGGGAGAAGCUGCGGCUGGCAGAGGUGCGGGCAGGCGAGCUGGAGGCUCAGCACCGCGGGCUGCGGCACGAGCAGGGCCAGCACCGCGAGCAGCUUGAGCGGCUCCACCAGCAGCUGGAGGAGGCCAACGCGCGCUUGGCCAACCUGGGUGCCAGAUUGACAGCGGCUGAAGGCACGCGGAAGAAGGACCUGGAGAGGCUGAAGGCCAGCGAGGAGAAGGGCAGAGCGCUGGAGAGCCGGCUGUUGGCGCUGGAGCGGGAGAAUGCCGAGCUGCGGGGUGCCAUCGCCCAGGUCCUGGGCCACCCAGGCAGGACGGGAUGCCGGCCCCCGGGGACACAGAGCUGGGACGAAGGCGGUGAAGACGCCCAGGCCACCAGCGUGUAAAUGGCGCCUGGGGCCACCGUUUCCAAAGGCUGUUUGACCCUGAUCUCAGCGGGUUUCCUGUCCCCAGAGAAUAAACAGCGUUGGCAUUGCUGUGA